GUUCGGUUCCUACUAUUUCACAUGGGGCAACCGCAAGGUACGAAUCAGUUGUGUUAAUGCUACCUACAGGAGUGGGACGCGGGAGCGUCACAGGCGCGGGUGAACAAACAAAUGAUAAUUUGAAUUUCGGCAAAUUUCUUUCGGAUUGAAAGCAAUUUUUGUUUAAGGCGUACUUUUAAAGGGGAUUCCAAUGGACCUUUGCGUAUUCAGCGAUUCACACUCUCUUUGUCGCUCCUAGGACACAUCUACAGCAUAAAGCCCUACAUCGCGGGCAUCGAAGUAAGUGGACUUAUGACUGGCCAUAGUCACAGAAGCGCAAUACUUUCGUUUCAUUAACGAAGACUGAACCGUCGUUCAUGACGCAUUUUAUGCAGAGGGCUGAAACAGUUUGACAGCGGACUGAUUAAACUUGUUGAAGAUCAGGCAAACUGAACACUGAAGAGGAGACGCGAAACAAUCCAAAGAGCUUUCGAGAGCACAAGUAAAAAGUGCUUUGUACGACAUGGCAAAACCUAUGGAUCACGUAAAGCGUCCUAUGAAUGCUUUUAUGGUGUGGUCGCGCGCUCAAAGGCGGAAAAUGGCUCAGGAGAACCCGAAAAUGCACAACUCCGAAAUCAGCAAAAGACUCGGCGCGGACUGGAAACUUCUGACCGAGUCCGAGAAAAGGCCGUUUAUCGACGAGGCAAAGCGACUGAGAGCCAUGCACAUGAAGGAGCAUCCCGAUUACAAAUACAGACCGAGGCGAAAGCCGAAGACUUUAAUGAAAAAAGACAGAUUUGCAUUCCCGGUGCCUUACAGUCUUGGAGAACACGAAGCACUGAAGGCAAGCGGUUUGACUGGUGGAGUACUCUCUGACUCUUUAAUUGGGAAUCCAGACAAAGCUGCCGCUGCGGCUGUGGCCGCGGCAGCCAGAGUAUUCUUCAACCCGUCUAUGUCCUCAAACCCAUACUCUUUGUUUGACUUCGGGUCGAAGAUGGCAGAGAUCACCUCUCCGUCGUUUCCUUAUCCCUCCCCGCUUGGAUACCCUAGUGGUGCGACUGCAUUCACCGGUACGGGCACCGUUGGCAGUAGCACUCACACUCAUCUUUCCCCGAGCAAUCCUGGUUAUAUGAUUCCCUGUAACUGUACAGGGUGGUCUUCGGCGGGUAUCCAACCACCCUUGGCGUACAUUUUGCUGCCCGGUAUGGGUAAACCGCAGCUUGAACCGUAUUCUGCCUACGCAUCAGCGCUAUGAUGUGUUAAUCCUUUCAGGUUUAAACGCGUAAAGACAAUUAGUGCGAAGAAUUAUCUAAUUCACGGACAAAUCUAAACAUGUAAUACUGUUACAUAUUACAUGCUCAUAUGUAGAUAUUAAUGCCUUUAUAAAAGGCUGAUUUUAUUUAGUGGGAUAUCGUGUUGCAUCUCAGAAAGAAAGAACAAUUAAUGACUUGUACUGGAUUGAUUGCGACGAAGAGUAUGACAAAUGUUUAAGACCGGCAACUGUCUUGGCAAAUGGUGAACGUUGUACUUCGUAUUUGCUUUCAACUUGUUCCAGAAGCACCUGCCGGACGGACCUGUUUGAAUCGCAAGUAGUCCGCAGUGUCAUACAAUGUUAAGCAAUAAUUGUUAAAGAUGACUCAUUGUGUUUCUACUGGUAACGUUCGUAUGUAUAGAUGACUGUUAAUAGAUGAAUAUGAUUCACAAUGAAUAGUAGAUUGAUUCAGAAAUUACUCAGUCAAAUGUAAUGUCGACCUCCCUGCUUUUAUGGAGAGUGCUAAAAUAUGUAAAUAUGUACAGUUAAAAUGAAGGCGCUUGUUACCAGAAUCUUUGCAUUUCACCUAGAAAAUGCUGGGUUGUGCUGGGUUAUAGAAAUACGAUUAAGACUUUGAGUUUUAAGAAAUGUUCUAGAGAUGUAUGUAAUAUUUAUUGGCUUUUUAAAACCUUUUUAUGGUCACCUACUUGAUUCAAGACCGGGUCCGACUUUUCCUGUAACUUUUGCACAGUAAAUGUGCUUAUUACUAUGUUAACACUUAGGAUUUAAUAGAAAUGCACUGGAUUCAUUUUUAAAUGGAAAAUGCAAUUAAUAAAUGAAUCUAAAUUGAAUAUUUCUUUGAAACUCA